AUGGAAAAGGGGAUGAAAGAAGGAGAGGGGCAGGAACAGCCGACCAGGAAGGCAGAUAGUAAAAGUAAUAGAUGCAAAAGAAAGCGUGAAGAUUUCCUGGAGAUUAUCUCAAAAAUAGCAAGACAAAUAUAUGAACAAAUUGCUGAGUUCUUUGAGAAGUGGCUACCUAAAGCAGAGGAAGAGGAGCAGCCGAUUGAUGAACGAGAUGGAAAAAAGCCAGGUGAUGGAGAGGAGAAUUCUGGUGAAGGAAAGGGCGAGACACAAGAUAAUAAAGAAGAGGAAGAAACUUUUAAAGGAGAAAGGGACAAGUUGCUAGGCGAAGAAGGUGGAGAAACAUCCGAUGAAAUGGAAAAGGGCAAGAAGCCAGAUGAUGAAGAAGACGAGGAGUCUCGUGAUGGAGGAAAGGGAAAGGAAGACGAUAAAGAGGAGGAACAUGGUGAAAAGGGAAACGUCAAGAAGUCGAGGAAAUGA